GUCUCUUCAGAGACAUCUGAUAAAAUUGGAACGAUACAGAGAAGAUUAGCAUGGCCCCUGCGCAAGGAUGACACGCAUAAAUCGAGAAAUGGUCCAAAUUUUUUUUUUCCCUCAUUUUCCAUUUUGCACCCUCCAAUAGUCCUCCAGUUUCCAUUACCCAUUCCAUAGUGGUACAAUCUCCGGUGGCAUGGCCAUCCAAGGAGGAAGAACCAGAACCCUCCUCCUCCCGCUCUCCAUCCCAAACGCCACCAAAACCUUCCCCCUUUCCUCAUCAUCACAUCCAUCCAUCACUCCGUCAGUGUCCCAUCCACCACUAUCCGACGGAGAGGAUGAAACGAUAAUCUCCACGGCGGUCUCUAUCCUAAGGGAGCAGCGAUCCAAGAGCCGGUGGAGCUUCCUUAAAUCCGUGUACCACCCCGCGGGAUUCUCCGCCGCCCAGGCCGCCGAGAUCCUCCGCCGCGUCCGCAACCGCCCCCACCUCGCCCUCCGAUUUUUCCUUUGGACCCAGCGCCACUUUCUCUGCCGCCACGACCUCCACUCCCUCGCCGCCGCCGCCCACGUCCUCGCCCGCGGGCGCCUCCGCCCCGCCGCCCUCUCCCUCCUCCAGUCCGCCAUCCGCUCCCAUGACCCCUCCUCCGCGGCCGCAGGCGGCGCCGACACCGGCCGGCCGCCGGAGAUCUUCGAAGCGCUAGCGAAAACUUACCGGGCCUUCGACUCCGCCCCCUUCGUGUUCGACCUUUUGAUCCGAGCCUACCUCCAGGCCAAGAGGCUCGAUCGGGCGGUCCAGAUCGUCCGGAUUCUCCGAUCCCGCGGGAUCCAACCGGAGAUCGGCACCUCCAACUCGCUGAUCCGAUCGGUAUCUCGGGCGCGGGGAUCGGAUGCGGGAUUUGAGAUCUACGAAGAAAUCUUCAAACCCAAGGAUGGCAAUGGAGUUGCGGUUACGAUCAGGGUUUCUCCCAAAGUUCAGACUUUCAACACCCUUCUUCUCGCGCUCUACCGAGAAGGGAAGUUGGAGAGAUCGGAAGAGAUCCGAAAAGAGAUGGAGAUGUUCAAAUGCGAGCCAAAUGUUUUCACUUAUAGCAUUCUAAUGGCGGGGUUCUGCGACGAGGGAAGGAUCGAAGAAGCGAGGAAAUUGUGGGAAGAAAUGGCGGCAAAAGGAAUCAAACCCGACAUCAUGGCCUUCAACACUUUGAUCAGUGGUUACUGUGAGGCGGGAGAGACGGAGAGAGCUGAAGAGCUCUUCCGAGACAUGGUUCUGAGAGAGAUCGAACCGUCCGGGAACACUUACGAGCAUCUGAUCAAGGGUCACUGCUACGCCGGCGAGGUUGAUUCGGCUCUCCUUUUGUACAAAGAUGUGAAGAGGAGGGGCUUCGGAAUAGGAGUCUCGGCUGUAGAUGAGUUGCUCGGCGUAAUGUGUGAGAAGGGGAGGGUGGUGGAAGGCCUGGGAAUUUUGAGGGACGAGAUGAGGAGGGAGGAGCUUCGUCCGAGCCGGAAGAGCUACGAAUCGUUGAUUAGAGGAUUCUGUGAAGAAGGGGAGAUGGAGGAGGCACUGAAGCUUCAGGCUGAGAUGGCCGGGAAAGGGUUCGAGGUUGAUUUGAAGGUUUAUACUGCCUUUAUCCAGGGGUAUGGGAAGCAAGGGGAUGUUGAAAAGGUGAUGAGAUUGAAGGAUGAGAUGUUUGAGAUGGGUUUACAUUUGAAAAAAGAUUAGGCUAACUGCAAACAUUAUGGAAUUCCUUUUGUCCAUCCUUCAAUGUGGAU